GGCCGGAAGUGGGCGGGCGGCGGCGGCUGCGCGCGGAGGCGGUGGAGGAGGUGCUGGAGGAGCCGGGCGGCCACUUCCCGCCCCCGAGCCGGAGCCGGCGCGAGCGGAGCGGAGCCGAGAUCGGGCCGCGAGGGGAGCCGGCUGAGCGGGCGCCGAGCUCCCGCCAUGGCCCGGAACACGCUGUCCUCGCGCUUCCGCCGGGUGGACAUCGACGAAUUUGACGAGAACAAAUUUGUGGACGAGCAGGAGGAGGCGGCGGCGGCGGCGGCAGAGCCAGGCCCGGACCCGAGCGAGGUGGACGGGCUUCUUCGGCAAGGGGACAUGCUUCGGGCAUUCCACGCAGCCUUGCGGAACUCUCCUGUCAACACCAAGAAUCAAGCUGUGAAGGAAAGAGCCCAGGGUGUGGUGCUCAAAGUGCUCACAAACUUCAAGAGCAGCGAGAUUGAGCAGGCUGUGCAGUCACUGGACAGAAACGGCAUUGACUUGUUAAUGAAGUACAUUUAUAAAGGCUUUGAGAAGCCCACAGAAAAUAGCAGCGCAGUGCUGCUCCAGUGGCAUGAAAAGGCCUUAGCAGUAGGAGGACUAGGCUCCAUUAUAAGAGUUCUUACAGCAAGAAAGACUGUUUAAAAAAUUAAAAGACUCACGUUACCUUGAGAAGAAUUCUGGAUGCCCAGGCUGGUGAAGAAGGGAUUGACAAUGGACCAUGUUCCUAGGAACUCCCAACUAAACUAUUUCAGGACAUGUAUCUGCUGAAAUGUAUUUUAUUUUCAAGGUGGAGGGGAAGAUCGUCUGUUUCCUAAAUCCUGUGCAGGAUCUGAGUCUAUGCCUUUGUCUCCGAGUACUGCAGAACUGACAUUUUGUCUAUGAGUGGUGGCUGGCAUUGGUCAGGCACACCUGUGUGCACUGGGGGAGGGAUGGUUUGGGCAGGUGCAGAUCCAAGGGCUGUGGUAAAUGGGAGAGCUCGUGUUUUUGAAGUGGGAAAAACCAAGAGUUUGUACAGACAUCCUGUCUUCCAGAGGAGGACGCUCUUGGGCUCAUUGUAAAGUGCCUGCUGCAUCAAUAAAGCUCUUGGCUUAUUAGUAUAUACAUUGCGGUGUGUUUUCAUGUAUGCAAACAAAUGGUAAUGACAGGGAGGGUAAUGAAUGAGAGUUCAGUUGUUCCAGAAACUUGAUGUGGGAGGAGUAGACCUGUGUCCGUUGAGCCGCACGCCCCUGAGAGCGAGUAUGGCAAUCCACAGGCCCUCCGCCAUAGCAGGACGCCAGCCCUGGCCUCGGAGCUGCCAGCUGCGGCGGCGAGGUGUUUGCUGAGUAACUAUUUAUUGUUUCUUACUCCUUUGAUUUGUAUGUAAUUUUGGAGCUUAUUUAAUUUAAUAAAAAGUGCCAAACAUUUAAUGAUUG